AUGUCUUAUGAUUUAAAACGGGAAGAAGAAGUGAAAGAAUACAUAGAAAACCUCGGCAUUGAAUAUCGUUUCGGUUGUUAUAAAGAAAAGAAACCUGAAGUAUGCCACCUACUUGCCGAUUACUUGGAGGCGAUAAAGAAGGAUUUCCCCAAAGCCGCAAAAGUAUUUAAAAGUAAUUGCGUAGACUACAAUUACGGUAAAUCAUGUUUAAAAUAUGGAAACUAUGCGCUAAUCGGAAGAGGACGAGAUAAAAGUGACCCACAAGAAGCAUUGCAAUACUUUGAAAAAGGAUGUGAUUUGGGUGAACCUACAGCUUGCCUGCAUGCUGGUUUACUUUUAACAGCAACUGGUCCUACUGUCACAGUUCAACGAGAUGUACCAAAAGGUUACAAUUACUUAAAGAAAAGCUGUGAUAAAAAUGAAGCAAUGGCCUGCCAUUAUUUAACAGGCAUGUAUAUCAGUGGUGUUCCUCGAAAUCCAAAAGAAUUCAAUCCGCACAACCCUGAGAAAAAUGCCAACCUAGAUUUUCUUAUAAAACCAGAUAUGAAACAAGCAUUUCAAUUUGCAAAGAAAGGAUGUGAAUUGGGAAAUGCAUAUUCUUGUGCAAAUGUUAGCUUAAUGUACAAAAAGGGUGAUGGAAUAGAGAAAAAUCUUGAUGAAUCUAAAAAAUAUUUUAAGAUAGCAGAAAAUCUGCAAAAAGCUCAAGAGAUUACAAAAGAAGUUAAAUUUCAACAAGGUCUUGAGGAUAUAAAUCAUUUAAGCUACAUCAUUAGCAUGAAUGGAGUAAUGUGUUCUUCACUGGCUAUGCAAAUUGGUAUAAUCGGUGGCUCAGGCUUCGACGACCCUAGUUUAUUCGAAAACCCUGUCGAGAGAACUGUGCUCACACCCUUUGGGAAGCCCUCAGAUGUUUUAAUAGAAGGUUCUAUCAAAGGAGUAUCCUGUGUCCUGUUGGCUCGGCAUGGAAGAAAACAUCAAUAUCAACCAAGCGACGUUAAUUACCGGGCAAACAUUUGGGCGCUAAAGAUGUUGGGAUGCACACAUGUCCUGGCGACGACCGCGACUGGCUCCCUCGUAGAACAAUACAAACCCGGAGACCUAGUUGUGUUGAACGAUUUCAUUGACAGAACAUGGGGCCGUAAGUGCACGUUCUAUGAUCGUACCGAAGGCGGGCCUAAAGGAGUGUGCCAUUUGCCGAUGAAGCCAGCUUUUUGCGAGAAAGCAAGACAAGCUUUACUAAAAGCAGCUCGCACUCAGGGCUACAUCUGUCAUGAAAGCGGAACUGCGGUUACUAUACAAGGACCUAGAUUCUCGAGCCGUGCAGAAAGUUUAAUGCACCAGCAGUGGGGCGGUCAUGUUGUCAACAUGACUACUGUGCCUGAGGUGGUGUUAGCAAAAGAAGCGGGCCUGAGCUACGCGGCGGUCGCGCUCGUCACCGACUAUGACUGCUGGAGGCAGAAUGAACAAUCGGUGUCAGUGAGCGAAGUGCUGGAAAUGUUCGCGCGCAACAUCAAGAAGGCGAUCGACGUGAUCGUGACGGCGGUGGGGCUGCUCGCCGCCGACACCGACUACGCAUACCUUGAUUGUCAUAAGGAUCUCGUCUCAUCAGCUAUAAUGUUAAAGGAA